AUGAUCAAAACAGAAAAAGUUGGGAAGAACAAAAAUAUUGGAUUAAUUACGCUCAAUAGACCAAAAACAUUCAAUUCAUUAUGCGCUCAACUCAUUCAAGAGCUUUCAGAUGCACUAAAUAGUUUUGACAGUGAUAAAUCGGUUGGAGUAAUCAUAAUAACAGGUUCCAAUCGUGCAUUUUCAGUUGGCGCAGAUAUCAAAGAAAUUCAUAGUGUUCAGCAUAACAUGAUAUCAUCAGAAAAUUGGCUACAGAACUGGACAACUAUUUCAAGGAUAAAGAAACCUAUUAUUGCGGCCGUAAAUGGUCAUGCACUUGGAGGUGGUUGUGAAUUAGCUAUGAUGUGUGAUAUUAUUUAUGCAGGCGAGAACGCCAUGUUUGGACAACCAGAAGUUACGAUUGGAACAAUACCUGGUGCUGGAGGCACACAAAGAUGGCUGCGAGUUGCUGGAAAAUCAGUGGCUAUGGAAAUUUGUUUAACAGGAAACUCAAUCCCAGCACAAGAAGCAAAGGAGUGUGGUAUUGUAGCAAAGAUAUUUCCAGUUGAUGCGGUCGUAUCAGAAGCAAUAAAAACAGCAGAAAAAAUUAGUAGUCACUCAUCAUUGAUUGUAUCACUGGUGAAAGAUGCUAUUAAUCGCUCUUAUGAAACAUUCCUUCAAGAAGGUCUACAGUAUGAAAGCCGACUUUUCCACGCUUCUCUUUCCACUGUAGAUGAUUGUAAAGAAGGUGUGGUGGCGUUUCUGAAAAAACGUAAACCAAAAUGGAGCUCAUAA